AUGCUCAAACCACAGGCCAAUUCAACCAGAGAUGUCGUUUCUUUGGACGGCAUCUGGAACUUUGCAAUUGCAUCAUCACCCGACAUUGAAGCAGACGCACCAUGGUCUAAGCUCAUCUCGCCAAAGCUUCAAGUGCCCGUACCCGCCAGCUACAACGACAUCUUUGCAGAUGAAAAGAUUCGCAGUCACGUUGGAUGGGUGUACUAUCAGCGUCAAGUCACAGUACCUCGCGGCUGGUCGCCUGAGAAUCAGAGAUAUUUCUUGCGAUUUGACGCAGCAACCCAUCGCGGCCGUGUCUACGUAAAUGACAAGCUAGUCGCCGACCAUGUUGGCGGAUACACCCCUUUCGAAGCAGACAUCACUAGCAUCAUCAAACCCGGUGAGAGAUUCCGCUUGACUGUGGCCGUGAGUAACGAGCUGAGCUGGGAGACGAUUCCUCCCGGCAAAAUCCAGACCCUUGCCAACGGCAAGCGGAAGCAGAACUAUCAGCAUGAUUUCUUCAACUAUUCCGGGCUAGCACGGUCGGUGUAUUUGUGUUCGAAGCCGGCGGUAUCCAUCAUCGACAUCACCGUCGUAACGGACAUCUUUGAGUCGAGAGCAGGCAAAGUUCAAUACAAGGUUGAGACUUCGCAUCCGGUGGAGGAUGACAAAGUCAAGAUCUCUGUUCUUGACGAGGAGGGGUUGACCGUGGCUCAGGCAAAUGGGACAAAAGAUGAGCUGACGAUCAACUCGGCGCAUCUGUGGCAACCCGGCGCGGCGUAUCUGUACCAACUCCGUGUGGAGAUACUAUCAGACUCCGACAAAGAUGAGGUUCUCGAUACCUACGAACUUCCCUUCGGCAUCCGCACAAUCUCGGUCAAGGGAAAUCAGUUCCUCAUCAACGGCAAGCCCUUUUACUUCACCGGCUUCGGCAAGCAUGAAGACUCGCCAAUCCGCGGCAAGGGCUUCGAUCCGGCCUACAUGAUUCACGAUUUCCAUCUCAUGCGCUGGAUGGGAGCCAACUCGUUCCGGACAGCUCACUACCCCUACGCCGAAGAGGUCCUCGACUACGCCGACCGACACGGAAUCGUCGUCAUCAACGAGACUCCGGCGGUGGGUAUCAACCUCGGCAUCAUUGCUGGCGUCUUUGGACUCAAGGCGCCUCCCACUUUUGCCCCCGAUGCGUGCAACGAGAAGACGCAGGCGGCGCAUGACCAGGCUAUCAGAGAGCUUGUGGCGCGAGACAAGAACCAUCCGUCGGUGGUGAUGUGGACAGUUACCAACGAGCCUGCGUCGGCGGAGCCCGGUGCAAGGGAGUAUCUCGAGCCGCUAGUCUCAUUGACGCGCGAGCUGGACCCGACGAGACCGGUCUGCUUCGCGAACAUGGGGUUCGCUACGUUCGAGAAGGACCUCGUGACAGACUUGUUCGACGUCAUCUGCCUGAACCGCUACUACGGAUGGUACUCUCAGACAGGCGAUCUAGAAGAGGCGGAGCAGGUAUUGGAGAAGGACCUGCUUGGAUGGCAGGCCAAGUAUGGUAAGCCCAUGAUCAUGACAGAGUACGGCGCCGAAGCUGUGGCGGGGCUACACGCCGUAUGUGACGUCCCCUGGAGCGAGGAGUACCAAGGCAAGUUUCUCGAAAUGUUCCACCGAGUAUUUGAUCGUGUUGAGACCGUUGUUGGAGAGCACGUUUGGAACUUUGCGGAUUUCCAGACGACAUCGAGUAUCACUCGGGUGGAUGGAAACAAGAAGGGCGUUUUCACACGGGACAGAAAGCCAAAGGGGUCUGUACAGGUUUUGAAAGCACGAUGGACAGCUAAGCAAGCGGAAGAUAGUGUACGGGCAGCUAAUAUACCCGAUGGUCCGUUCCAAGUCCGCUGCGGUGCUGCCUCCGUCGGCCCCACACGGAGCCGAGGGGCAGCCGAGGCACCCCGCAUCUUAUCCCAAGCCCAAGACUACAAGAACAGUUCAACUCAAGUUCAUGAGAGGGCUGUAAUUGACUGGUUUUACAUUUCUACGCUGGCAUUAUUCCAAUUGCAAAACUUUACCGUGAACAUGGCACGCCUUCCGUACCCCGAUGUCAACGGAACUCCCCUCAACAUCUCCAAGCUUCUCGCACAUAGCCCAGCCACUGUCAACCAUUGGUCAAAAAUCGCAGGCGCUCACUUCAAAGAUCUUGAGUUAUCCUCCAAGAACCGGGAGUUAGUCAUUCUUCUCAGUACAGCAAAGUUCCGGUCCACCUACGAGUGGACGCAUCACAGCACAGUCUCCGCCAAGGAGGGUGUCACUGACGCCCAGCGCGAAGUGAUUGCUCAGGCUGGAAGACAGAAGGGAUACUUCUCUUCUCAAGGGAAACUAGAAGCUCUUGCAGAAUUGUUCACGUCAAAGGAAAAAGCCCUCCUAUUGUUUAUCGAGGCCGUUAUUGACGGGCCAGAGGUUGCGGAUGAGCUAUGGACGAAAGCCAAGACUGAGUUUUCUGACCGAGAAGUCGUGGAAAUGAUUACUCUGCAGGGUUUCUACUACACCUUUUCACGCCUCACAACCGUCUUGAAUGUAGAAUUGGAGCCCUUCGCCAAGCCAUCUAAGCUUUGA